UGACUAUUCAUUUCACGUAUUGGUGUCCCUUCGGACGUAUUGGUGUCCCUUCGGAAUAUCUGGAAAAUCUCAUUAAUGUCGACACCCCUGUAGGAUGAUUCAUUUGUGAUUAAAACUGUUAUUGUCACUCACUUAUAUCUUCCGAAGUGAAUAUUUUACUUCCGUUUGAUUAAAAUCUAUUUAAACGAGAAGGUUCAGUACUUUUAACAAUAAACACUUGCAAAUCCACGUAAAUACUAGCGUGUCUGUCCUUUUGGAUGACGUUGUUAAAGCAGUUAAAGGUUAGUCAAAAUUACUAUAAAAAAACUAUUUCUUCGAAACUAAAGAGGAAAAGAAAUUAAAGCAAAUAGUGAUGCAAACAAUACUCCUAUUACACUAGCUGUUAGAGUAAAUGCAACAAUGGAAAGUAACACCAGUGUGGAUAAGGCUCCCCAAAACGGCUACGAUAUUCCCGUGUACGGACUUAACAACGGAACGUUUCUGGCCAUCCACAUUCCCGCCAUACUGUGUAUUGUGACAAGUUUCUCGUGCGCAGUGACAGCCGUCGUGCUUUCGUUCAAACACCGGAACUACCAGUCGUUCUUCUCGCAUUGGUCCAAGAGUGAGAGGUUCGUGGUUUACCUGGCGAUGUGUGACGGCCUCUUCAACGUGGCACACUUCACUGACCACCUUCACAUCGUGAUCGUCCGUAAUCAUGUCUACCCCAAGGAGCUGUGUGAGUUCUAUGGCUUCAACCUCGCCUUGUUCAUAACGGCCCAGAAUCUCAUGGUGAACGUAGUGGCCGUCAACGCUUUUAUGCUAAUGUACUUUGACCGGCACAUCAACUUCGGGCGCUAUGACUGGAGGCUGCUAGCGUGGACGUUCGGCGCUCCGUUUCUGGGAGCAACCAUUGCCGGUAUAUUAGGCCAGCUCGGAACCAACGGAUCAUUUUGCUACUUUGAUGGGAUCAAGGGCCGGCUAACAAAUACGUUUUUCACGACCGUGCCGCUGUUGAUCGUUCUUGUCAUGAACAUCGUACUCUACAUCCUCACAUGGAAUCAAAUCCGCAAGCAGUGUAACGAUAUCAAGGUGUCACUGGGUCCCAUGCCCGCCUCCAUGCGGGCGUCCCACCGCGCUGCCCGCGCCAUGUCAUUGUUUGUGGCGGCGUUCUUCAUCCAGUGGUGGGCCAUGGCUCUAUACGGCAUAUGGGGACUCGCCACCGACGACGUGCCGCAGCCAAUCUUCCAUUUUGUCACCACGUUCUCUAACAUCGGCGGCAUUCUCAACCUAGGCGUGUUCAUCAUCAUCCGCCGGCGGCAGUACGCCAAGGGAGAGCACGUUUCCACGGAGCGAUCCAAGGGUUCACACCGAAGUCAUAGUCAUGGUCAUUCCCACGACGUGUCAACAACCUGCGACACGGAGAGCCACGCCCUAGAACUUACCAUCAAGGACAACCAUCUUGCUGUCCCACAUGCCAACCACUGAACAAACGUGGGGUUCGCAUAUUUGAACCAACGAAAAUACACAACUGCCACAAGUUGUCAAAUGUUACAAUGCGAACAUUUACUGCUAUAUGUGAAAUAUGUGAAAAGUAUUAUAGGCAUGAAAAUAAGUUGAAACAGGAAAAACUACCCGUGUUGUGCAGGAUAUACAUUUUGCUUUCAGAUAUUCAAAAUGAGAAAGCCAUAUUAAAAGAAAUUUUAUAUAGAUCUUCAUAGAAAUUGAAGGAUUAAGUCUAGCGGGGCAAUGCGAGCGUUUAUUUUCCACAAGACCUCCAAAUCAAUGAUGACGUAUAAUAGAAUGGUGGAAAUUAUUAUUGUUUACUCACUAAGAAAUCCUCUUUCAAGCGAAUAUGUUUUCGCGCUUACAUGUACCUCUGAAAUAGGUAUGAGUGAGAAGCGAUGGCAAUAAUUCAUGUAGGAAUAGAUGUUGGUUUGUGCUCUAGAGUUGUCAUUUGUAAGCAAUUUUUUGUGUGGGUUAUUUUGGUGAUUUAUGCAUCUAUAUAUAGCAAUAAAUAUCAGUUUCUCAG